AUGGUGAUAAGUAUCUAUGAUGGAAGAAUGAUGUUAAGAGAUCAAGACCAAGUGCUAACAUAUAGUGGCUCUAAAGAAAACAAAAUGAGAAUAAGAAGAAGAGCCAGAUAUAAAAAGGCCAGAAGAGAAGCUGCAUCUGAUAAUAGCACAUCAGGUACUGAUGAUACUGACAGUUGUAAUGUUUUGCAGGUUGCUUAUGGACAACACCAUAUCAGAUGCAUUCCCAAGGAGAGGGAUGCACUCCUUCAAUUCAAGGCUGCCAUUGUCGAUGACUACGGCAUGCUCUCAUCUUGGAUCACUCCCGACUGUUGCCAAUGGAAGGGGAUUCGCUGCAGUAACCUCACAGCUCAUAUUAUAAGCCUCCACCUUCCUGGAUAUUAUCAUCGUGAAUUUCUUUUUCUUCGUGGUUAUUAUGACAUCUCGUGUUACAUCAUCGGAGAGAUACACAAGUCGUUAAUGGAGUUGCGACAGUUGCAGUAUUUGAACCUCAGUUUCAAUUAUUUUCGAGAGACUAAUAUUCCUGAGUUUCUUGGAUCUCUUACCAACUUGAGAUAUCUUGAUCUCUCUUCAUGUGGUUUUAGUGGACAAAUUCCAACUCAGAUAAGUUCUCUUUCUCAUUUGAAAUAUUUGAAUCUAUCAAGAAAUUACUAUUUGAAUGGUUCAAUCCUUCGUGAACUUGGAAAUCUCUCUCGGUUGGAAUAUCUUGAUCUCAGUUGGAAUUCUUUUGAAGGAUACAUUCCUUCCCAACUUGGAAAUCUCUCUCGGUUGCAAUACUCACUACAAGAGUUGAGUUUGUCAUCUAAUCAAAUCAGAGGCUCCGUACCUGACCUUUCAGAAUUUUCAAAUUUAAAAACGUUGGAUCUUUCUGAUAAUCAAUUGAGUGGGAAGAAACCUGAAGGUACUAACUCUUUAGAAGGUGGUGGUUCAAAAUCAUUUGGGAGCAUAUGUACUUUGGAGUUAUUGGAUUUGUCUGAAAAUAAGUUGAGCGAAGAUCUUACGGUCAUAUUUAAUCAUUUGUCUGGAUGUUCUACAUACUCAUUACAAAAAUUGAGUUUGGCAUCCAAUCAAAUCAGAGGCUCCGUACCUGACCUUUCAGCAUUUUCAAAUUUAAACAUAUUGGAUCUUUCUGGGAAUCAAUUGAGUGGGAAGAUACCUGAAGGCACUAGAUUGCCAUCUCAUUUGGAGCAGUUGUCAAUUAGAUCUAACUCUUUAGAAGGUGGUGUUCCAAAAUCAUUUGGGAGCACAUGUACUUUGAAGUUAUUGGAUUUGUCUGAUAAUAAGUUGAGUGAAGAUCUUACGGUCAUAUUUAAUCAUUUGUUUAGAUGUUCUAGAUACUCAUUGCAACAAUUACGUCUGAGUAUGAAUGAAAUUAGUGGUACUUUGCCUAGCAACCUCGCAACAAUGUUCCCAUCAUUAAAAGAAUUGUACCUUGAUACUAACAAGCUAAAUGGGACAAUUUCUGUAGAUCUUCGAUUUCCAACAGAACUUGAGGAAUUAUCCUUGAUGUCAAACUCUUUGAAAGCUUAUGGCAAUUUGUCAGGAUAUAGUGUCAAGGAGCAUAAAACAUGUCCUAUCUGUGAAGAAAACAUUGCAGCUCAUCAAUUGGAACACGGAAGAAAGACGCUGAAAAGUAGAAAAAUUCGAAAAACUGUAGCUCUUCCAUUUGAUGACAUUGAAUCAGAUGAUGAAUGGAUAACUGAAGAGGCAGAUGAUGUUGUUGAGAUUGAUCAAGUUGAAGCUGAAAAUGAUGGUGAAAAUGUUCACUUAGAUGGAGCAACAACAUAUCCUACUCUAGAUGCUUUUGAUCUUGAUAAAAUAACAUUUGGGAACAAUGAGGAUGCACAACAUUCAUCAGAGGAAGAGUUAGAUGAGGAUGAUGAUGGAGAUGAUGAUGCCAUUAUUAGAGGAUUAGAGGAUUAG